AUGGAGGAGCGGGCGGCAGCCGUCCACGUGGAAAUUUGUCCUAUAGCAGUGAAGAUUGCGCUGCAGAUCACGGAGAGGGUGGCGAGAGACGGUGGGGCGGCGCUGAUAGUGGAUUACGGGGAGGACAGAAUGAUAUCAGACAGCCUUCAGGCCAUCCGCAAGCAUGAGUUUGUGAAUGUGUUGGAUGCGCCUGGCACGGCGGACCUGAGUGCGUAUGUGGACUUCUGA